AUGAGUAGAGGUAAUCAAAGAGAUUUAGCAAGAGCUAAGAAUUUGAAAAAACAAAAGGAAGCUGCCAAGAACCAAAAAAAGACAGGUGAUCCAAAAAAGAGAAUGGAAAAUGAUGCUGAUAUCUUAAGGAAAAAACAGGCUAUUGCUGAUGCAAGAAAAGAAGCAGAAAGAUUAGAAAAAUUGAAGGCUGCUAGAAGAUGA